UCGCCUACUAGUUGGUUGUUUCAGCUAAAGAUCUGCCAAGAAAAGAAACCGCGCCGUCGUGCGACGUCCGCCGUCGCGUGUACUAUCAGUUUUCAAUUUGCGCUCCGCGAAGAUACACGUACAAUUGGGUUUGGGAGGCGUGAACAUUUUUGGAAAAGAAAUAACACGAUUUUUGAGGAGUGGAAAUCGAAAAAGAAUUUCAGGAAAAAAUCAGUUGAGUGUUUUGGAAAGUGAAUAUUCGACAAGUUUUCAAAUAUUAAAAAAUGUGGCUCAUCAAGCUGCUGGUCCUGCUGCAGACGGUGCUGCUGGCGAUGGGCGGCCUGUCCCGGUACGCCCAUCCGGCCGUGCUGGAAAACGACGCCCAGGAGGCGCUGCUGCCGGACUAUCUGCGCAAUCCGUUCUACCGGACGCCGCGGGUGGCGAACGCGCUGGCCCGCUUCAGCUGGUUCGGACCGGGCGAGGAACCGGUGCGGGAACGCCACGCCGAGAAGAUCUCCCGGGCGGACAUCUACAGCGUGCUGACCCACGCCGGAUUCGUGCCGCGACGGUUCCACGGGUUCAAUCAUCACUCGUAAGGGAAUUUGGAAGGAUUGUGGAUUAAUUUUGGAGUCGCGUCAGCUUUCUAAAAUAAUCAAAGUUUAAUUUGUGAAGCCCAAAAAUCGUGUAGGUGCUUUAGCUAAGCUGUAGAAUGUGUCCAACUUUUGAAGCAACUGCCAAAAAUGGGUUAUUUUUUAGUAGCAAUGUAAAUAGACAGCGUUUAGCGCCAGUUAGUUUCAAAAUAGCCAUUUAGACGAUAAAUUGUUCUGUUAUUUUCUGUUUAGGGUAAAAUCAAACUUUAGCCUAGCCUCUAGCGUAAAUCUAGCGUUAAGUAAGACCCACAAUGUUUCGUGAGCGAGUGCGCGUGAAAAUCGGUACCCGAAAAUUUGCAGUUUGAUCGACUCGAAUUAAUUUUAAGCAUUCGCACCAAAUUUCUACUCUCCAGGUCUGCAACAAAAAGGUGUUCAAUGCCUCCGUUACAUAUUUGUAAAUUUGCAAACAAUCAACAAACCAAUUGUUGCACAAUGGCGAACGAAAUAAAUAUCGGAGGGAGGAAAAGAGGGUGAUUUCAAGAGAGUUAUCUUACUUUUCAGCAGCUCGACUUAAAACUCUGUGAAACAAUCGUUCAACGAGCUCUGAGAAGAAACACACAAAAAAAGAACAGUGACCAAUAAAUUGAAUGGUUAUUAUAGGC